AUGACCUCAAGUCAAGCUUCCUCUCCACCCAGCUACGCCAGCUCGGCAGACGAGGAAUUCAGCUACGAAGCUAGACCCUCCACUUCUAGGCGUCCCGAUGCUCGUCAUCUCAACCUUCCACUCGAUACCGCCUCGUAUGCCAGACCAGAACCGCCGUCAAAUGCUGCUUUCAUCCAGCAUCGUAAUGCCACCACUCCUACCACUCCGAGCUUCAACCUCGCUUCCAAUGGCAUCUUUCACUCACGCGAACAAUCCAUCGACCCCGCCCCCAUGUCGCACGGCGGCUGGUCUCGCUCCAAAUCUUCUCAGGCCAGGGACGUAAAGCACCGUCCUUCGCUCUACACGCAUGGCAGGAUGCUCUCGAAUGACGCUGCAACCAACGGCAUCUCGCUCCACUCCAACGGCCAUGGCCAUCACGACGAAAAGGCGGCUUGGUCCACAGGCUCGCGCUGGCCCUCGCUCCGAUAUCUGCUCUAUACCCGCAAAGGUCGCAGGGAGAUCCCGGACAAGGUGCGUGCCUGCGCUUCCAACCGAUCCAUCAUUGCCAUGGUACUUGGCCUCCUCGUCAUUGCCGGCUUGUUCUUUGGGCCCUCGGCUCCCGUCGAGCGCGGCGUCAACGGACGCAUCAUCCCCAAACAGCGAGCUGCCGAGGCCGUCUUCCUCAACCACUGGAUCGAACACGUCAUCCACCACCCUGUCCGAGCCAGAGACAAAACCGGCUUCGCAGAGAUGGGCUUGCGCACCGAAAUGUACUCGCACCUCUUGCGCCAUCCCACCUUGCCCAACUUUGAGCGCAUGGAACGCGCCCUCUGGCCGUUUGUCCCUGGCAUCAACCAGCUCCGAAGCUGGUGGCAAGCCUCGGUCCAGGCAAAGGUGCUCCAGUACGAUUCCGCUCCUUCUCCCAAUGACGACUUAGAAGAGUACGACUCCCCCCUUCCCACCGAAAGGCUCCUCCCGCGUGCAUUCCGCCGCGACAGCGAAUACGGUAUCGUCCGUGGUUCGCGCGGUAUCGUCAUGUCCCUUGGCUGGAAGGGCGCCGUCUUUGCCUCGCAGUUCAUCUCGAUCAUUCGUGACAAGCAUCGCAAUGAUAUUCCUAUCGAGCUCUACUACUACGGCGAUUCUGAUCUGCCUUCCAAGUAUCGCGACUAUCUCACCAAGGCUCAUCGCAACGUACGCUGCAUCGACCUCGAGUCGCUUGGCCUCUUCGAUCCCGACCUCACCCAGCUCAACCGUCAAGGAUUCGCCAUCAAGCCCUUCGCGAUGCUUGCCACCAACUUCACCGAGGUCAUCUUGGCCGAUGCCGACGCGAUCUUGCUCGAAGACCCUGACCGCUUCUUUGAAGAACCGGGCUACAUCGACUCGGGCACGCUCUUCUUCCACGAUCGCGACCAUCAGCGCAAAGGCGCCGAUUACGUGGUCAACGAGUUCAUGACCAACCAGCUUUCGCAACGAGGGCCCUCGCCUCGACUCGCCUCGAGCGAGUUCUGGAAGAAAAAGGGCAUCUUCGAGCAGGAAUCUGGCAUUGUCGUGCUCGACAAGAGAAAGACCGACGUCUUUGCGGCUCUGCUCUUCACCUGCUGGCAAAACAUGGGCGAGAUCAGGAAAAAGACCACCUACAGGGUCUUCUGGGGUGACAAAGAGACCUUCUGGCUCGCAUUCGAAUUUUCAAAUUUCCCCUACUACUUUGUGCCGCGGUAUGCACAGGCUAUCGGAACGGUCAAGAAGGUCAGCCGCCAAGAAAAGGUCGAGAAGGUGGCGGCGGCCAAGGCCAAGCAGGAGAUGAUCAAGGGCGUCGAGGCCGCCAAGGACAAAGCCGCCAAGGUCGAGGUCUACCCGGAGGACCAGGAGGACGUGGCCAACGUGGAGACCGAGGAGGACGUUGCCAAAGAGGCCGGCAAGGACGUCGCUAAGGAUGGCAAGAAGGAUAUUGUCCUCUUUGACGACGAUGGCAAUGCGGUCCCAGCUGGUGAUGCCAAAGACGAUCCGUUCCAAGAAGGCGCCGGCAACGUCCUCGGCGAACAGGGCGGAGCCGAGAAAGACCUCCAAGCUAAAGAGGAGCAGCUGGCAGCCACCGCGGCCGCCUCGAUCCACGAUCUCGAGGACGAGGAGUUCUGCUCCGAGCAUCCAUUGCACUUCCUCGGCGCCGACGUCGACGAAAAUGGCGGCGACAAUCUCGUCAAAGACCCGUUGCUGCUCGGCCGUCCAGCGUGGUUCAAUGGCGGUAUCCUGGCCGACAAGACCAAGGCAGGAAACGAGCCUGUCUACAUCUCGCCCAACGCCUUCACUGUAGACGGUGCGUGGGAGUUCCUGUUCGAAUCGGAACAGUGGUGCAUCCGCAACUACACCAAGGGCAACCUGGACCAGUUUGGCCUCACGGCUAGGAUCGAGGAGCUCGGAAAGGUCGCCGAGAAGGCUGAAGCCGCCUUCAGGUCGGUGAUCCCCAAGCCGCAGAAGAAGAAGAAGAAGGGCAAGGCCGCGCAGCACGACUGA